GCGUGGAGUGUCCUAACACAUUCAAGAGAAUGGGUGCUGAAAAGUCUCUGUUCCUAACUUGUCUCUUUGGAAAAACAAGGUUACAUCUUAAAUCUUUGAACACUCAUUUUGAUCAACUCUAAAUCUCUUUCUCUCAAGAUCAAAAGAGAUGUCAUCAAUAGCUUCUGGCACAGUUUCAACAACCAGAUCGACACUUUGUUUCAGAAAAAUCCCAAAGUCUGCAACUGUUUUAUCUAUGCUUCAUCGAUCUUCUUCUUCUUCUCCACGAAUGUUAUUAUUGUUGUCUUCUUCAUCAGCUAACUCUGCAAAACUACUGAACUCUAACAAUGGUCUCUUAAUUUCCUCUUCUCCUAAACCUUUCAGACCCGUUAUGCAAUGGCAAGACGUCACGGUAAAGAUGGUGGUGGAUGCACCAGCUUCCGUGGCUUACAAGUUAUACGCAGAUCGAGAAAUGUUCCCCAAGUGGAUGCCAUUUUUGUCAUCUGUUGAGGCAAUGGAGGGUAGUCCAGACCUAUCGCGUUAUUUGGUAAAACUCGAGUCUUUUGGACAAAAUAUUGAAUAUCACUUUCUCGCAAAAAAUUUACAGCCAAUUCCAGAUCGAAAGAUACAUUGGAGAUCUAUCGAAGGCUUUGAAAAUAGAGGCAGUGUUCGAUUUUUCCCAAGAGGCCCUUCCUCGUGUUUAGUAGAGAUUAGUUUUUCAUAUGAAGUUCCAAAUGCUUUUGCUCCAGUUGCAUUUGCAAUGAAACCGUUUAUGGAGAAGAUUAUUCGUGGAGGAUUGGAACGUUUUGCUGCUUUCGUGAAGACCAUUUAACGCAAAAGUCAAGAAUCAUUACCAGAAAACUUACUUUCAUCUUUUGCUUUAGCCAAAUAAAUUGUUUUUAUGUAAUUUAUUUUUGAAUAUGUAAUGUUGUUCAUACUAAUUUACUGAAAAGUAAAUAAUCUAAAGUCAAUCUUUUCUAGAA